GAGUCAACCGGCCGAUAUUCCGCCAGGAUGAACUUCUUCAAUCUCCCGCUCGAAGCUCGGCUCAUGGUAUACGAGAAUGUCUUGCAACAAGAACACCACUUCUUCCGCGACGGUGUACCAGGUCUACUAGGCGCCCGUCUUCAGAUCACCCAAGAAGUGUACACACUCUGCAAGAUCACCAUCACAGUCAAAUCCGAGGUUGCACCACUAUUCAUGAACGACCUGGAUGCUAUCAAGAGAAGAGUUGAUAAAUUCGACUCUCAAGCAGGCAACAAGGGUGUUACUAUUCGCCUCCUUUGCAGACCGGAGCUUCCGAGCGACUUCGUAACAUUUAUGGAACGCGCAGUGUUGAAAACCAUGAACGUCAACGCUACCAUGGAACUCAGCGAAAUCAAUGGCGACUCUUUCUUUGAGAGCUAUCUGAGCUGUCUACAGAUGGGCCCAGUAAUUCCCCUAGACCAGAAAAAGGCCUUCAAGCACAGGUGGCAAAUUUUCUACAAUCUCGACACAAGGGUGCCUGAGGGUAUCAAGAACAGUAUUGAAAACGUCUUCGAGGCAAUAUAG